AUGAAGACUAUUGGGGGUCUCCUUCUGCUCUGUACAGUGACCUACUUCUGCAGCAGCUCAGAAGCUGCUAGUCUGCCUUUAACAACGGUGGACUGCAGCAUUUACAAGAAGUACCCAGUGGUGGCCAUCCCUUGCCCCAUCGCGUACAUGCCUGUUUGUGGUUCUGACUACAUCACCUAUGGGAACGAAUGCCACUUGUGCACUGAGAGCUUGAAGAGUGAUGGAAAGGUUCAGUUUCUUCAUGAAGGAAGGUGUUAA